AUGGCGACACUACCGUACAUUUCAGUACAGCCCAAUUAUGCCGAGGUGUUCUCCGACAUCUCGUCGUCCACCAUUGCUGCCGAAAAGGCAUGGCUCUCCUACUACGCGUCCAACGCACCUUCAUCCAGCGUACAUAUCAAGCUUCCUCUCAUUCAGACCAAAGACGACGGACAGAAUGUUGAAACGCAAGGUGGAGUCAAAAUAGGCGACCCAGAAGCGUCUGGUGGACCUACCAACGGGCUACAAAUUCACCGAGUUCCAGGGAGCUGGCUAGACCUUGAGUUGACGCAACAAGGCAAAGCUGAUACUGACGGCAGCAGCAGCAACAAAAACAACAACAACAACAACAACAAAAGGUCAACAAGAAAGUUGCAAUCGAACAUCGAGCUCGACUCUGGAAUUCAAAUUUGCUUCCCUCGCAGAUCCGUGACCAAGUUCUUGCCUACCGUAGGCACGUCGAAGGUCAACGACAAUUACACGAAUCAUCCCACCAUUGAUGCAUUCGACAUGGGCCUGGGAUCGGCAGACGAUGAACUGGAUCUCUUUGUCGCAGGUGGCUCUGAAGGGUCGCUGUACACUGGACGACUUGUAGGCGAAUUUGAUGCGGCCGAAGCGCGAGCAAAUGCGAUCGAAACUCUGACUGAAGAAGAGCAACACAUUCUGACCGGAGAAUCGUCCGAUGCAGAAGAGCGCAAAUGGGAGAUCGAAGCGCGAAUCCGACUCUCUAUUAGCUCGGCUAAGUCGAGGUUGAGUAAAAAGACAGCGCUCAAGGGCCACGUUGGUGACGUACGCUUUGUCAAGUUCUUCCCGUCGAACAGAGUCGUGCUGUCCACAUCGGGCGAUUUGACGUGUCGGAUCUGGGAUCCUUUCACAGGAGACAAUCCGCGCACAUUGCAGGGUCACAAACGGGCAGUCUUGACCGCAGGCGUCAUUGGCAGAGGCAAGAGUAUACUGACGGCCGGAGCGGACGGAUCGGUUCGAUUGUGGGACGUAGCAACGCCCAAACAGAUUAGGAUGAUGGGCAGUGAUCGAUAUUCUGCCGUUCAGUGUUUGGCUUUGUCACAGCUACAGGACGGAGCGGAAGCAGAGCAGUCGACUUUUGCAGUGGGACUUGCGAGUGGUUCGUGGCAGCUGUUUGAUUUGAGAACAGCAGCAGCGAGUGUAACGACGAGCAAAUUCGAUUUUCCACCUGGUGCGGCGCCCUCAGCGACGGAUUUGUGGAGCCAGACUACAACUGCGGGUGUUACUGCGAUCAAUGUGCUGGAGAACACUGUCGUGGUGGGAACCGCUAAUGGCAUCGUCAGUGUGUGGGAUGUUCGCGCCACUUGUUCACAAACCGAUAGUGCGAGCGUGCCCAAAGGUCUGCUCACAACGUGGAAGCGCAACAACGCCGAGAUCAACUGCCUUCGGCUUGUUUCUACGGACGACGAGCAGCAUGUGCUGGUGGCGACGCAAGAUGGAUUGCCGUACCGCGCUGCGCUGCAAGGCUGGACGCAUAUGCAGGGAGACGAUCAAGACACUGAAUCGACAUGUCGUCCUCCCAGGGUGGUGCACGAAUACGCUGGAUGGGACUGCGACCAGACCAGCUGGAUUGGCUUGGAUCGGUCAGGCCGCACAGUGAUUGCUGGUGCUGAGGGGGCCGUUCGGCGCUACUGA